AUGAGUACACUCUUUGUUAAGUGCAUACACUGUAAUUAAAGACCUGCAACAAUCAAAUGUCAAUAGUGUAAAUUAGGAUAAACGGUCAGAUUGUGUUACAAUUGCGAUCUAGCAGUCCAUAAUAAAUAAGGGCCAAUUGAGUAAUAGCACAAAAAAGAAAUCAUUCCUUACUAAGGUGAGUAUUGAAAUCUCAUUAAAAAUAGAAAUGUAUUCUAAAGCUCCACAACAUUCAAGUGCGAUCAAUCUAGGGAACAAAAAUGAUUAGCAAAUUCAAUCAAAAAAAUAAUAGCCUUAACAAUAACAAUCGUCGAAAGCUCCAGUUACAAUUAAAUAAGAACCACCUCAAUAUGCUUAGAAGCCAAUUCAAAAUGUUGUUAGAGUAGCACAACAAUAACCACAAAAAGAAAUCAAUUUUUCUAGUCAAAGGUAGAAUAAUAAAGUAAAAAAUGAACCCAAAGAGGAUGACUAUCAAAAUAGUUCUUAAAAAAAUUCAGUAAUUCAUUUAAGCUUAGAUUUUAGGAUUCAAAAAAUUAAUCUCUCAUUAAUUAAUUAAAAGAAGAGAGAGAAUAGAGUUAACAAUUAUAAAGAGAGUUAAAACAAACUUAAGAUUAUUUGAAUUAAAUGAAUAGGGAAGUUGAAAAAAAAAUGUAUACUUAUCUAUUGAUAUAUAAAGAAAACAAUCUUAAUAAGAUUUGGAGAAAAAGCUGAAUGAUUUAAAAAAAGAAGGCGAUGAAGAAAAGAAGAAAACACAAACACUUACAGCUGAUGUCAAGAAACUAAAAGACCAGUUAAAGAAUGCAGAAGCAUAAACACAAAAAAAAUUAGAUUAAUAAAAAAAAUAAUAUGAAAUCUAAAUGUAAGAAUUAGAAUAAGUGAUUCUGGAGAAGUAAUAGUAAAUUGAUGAAAUCGCUUAAGAGUUUUAAAAUUAUAAUCUAGAAGAAAUCUAAGCCAAAAUGGAAGAAAUGGCAAAUGACAUAAAUAUGAAGGAUCAAAUAAUUGAUUAAUUGUAGACUUCAUUAUAAAAUGGGGAGGGAAAUCAAAGAGAUGAUUAGAAUCCAGAGAAAGAGGAUAUCGUAUAAGAAAUAUAAUAGAAGGAUAAUGAAAUUAAGAAGCUAGAAGAACUAAUUGAAAAUUUCAAGUAAUUGUAUCAACACAUGUUGGAUGAAAAAUAAGUGAUUAUGGAAGAGAAUGAAAAAUUAGCCAAUGAAAACGAUUAAUUCAGAGAAAUUUUUAGUGUAUUAUGAUAUCUAUUUUAGUAAAAUCUACAUUUGUUCGGAAUUGACCCUAAUCAAUUAGAAGAAGAAGGAGAAGGAGAGGGAGAGGAUAGAGAAGAAAGAGAAGAAGGAGAAGAUGGGUAUUAAUAAGAAGAAGGUAUGUAUUUAAUGCAAUUAUUGAGAUAAUUGAGGGAGAUGAGAC